AGUCCUUCCCAUCGAAAACACUUGAAUGAACAGGUUUUGAAUCCGCAGAACAAGAAUGGCUUUGAAAGGAGCUCAGGCUCUUGCUUUUAUUGCAAGACAAAGAAGCCCAUUUCUUUCUUCUACGAAUCACUAUCUUAAUCUCAGAUUUCAUCAUCCUCCUUCAUUUACAUCACAUUCCAAUCGCCAAGCUGGAACCAUAUAUCAGAUUCGUGCUAUACAGGGGGCAACUGUGGAUCCCUUAAUUCCCAAUAAAGAACAACAAAAAGAAGCAUCGCCUGAGCCAGAGAAUUGGAAGAUUAAAAUGCUUUAUGAUGGAGACUGCCCUCUAUGCAUGCGUGAGGUUAAUAUGCUGAGGGAGAGGAACAAGCAAUAUGGGACUAUAAAGUUUGUUGACAUUGGUUCAGAUGAAUACUCUCCUGAGGAAAAUCAAGGCCUGGACUACAAAACUGUUAUGGGAAGAAUUCAUGCAAUUCUUUCGGAUGGAACUGUAGUUACAGAUGUGGAAGCAUUUAGAAGAUUAUAUGAACAAGUUGGUCUUGGAUGGGUUUAUGCAAUAACUAAAUAUGAACCUAUUGCCACAGUAGCUGAUGCUGUUUAUGGUGUUUGGGCUAAAUUUCGUCUUCAGAUUACUGGUCGACCUCCUUUAGAAGAAAUAUUGGAAACACGCAGGAAGAACAAGGGUGAAGUAUGUGGGAACAGCGAUGCUUGUAAGAUGUGAACUCUCUUGAUAUGUUGUUGGUGAAAAGGAUAUUGAGAGUCUUCUGUCAUUUCUGCAGUAGCUAUUUUAUGAUCUUCUAAACAUUGCUCUGAAAUGAGCACCAAUCACAAUCUUUUCACUGCAUACCUUCUCUCUUUUAGUUUUCAAAGGGAAAGUAUAUGUUUUCAGUCAAUGUAAUGUAUUGGUUACAGAAACAUACAUGUAAAUUUGAUCUUUUUCA